AAUUUCCUCACUUCCCAUGUUUCUUCCAGGCGUGGGUAUCAUGCUGAGGAAGCUCGGCUCCACCGCAAAGCCCACCGUGGAGUUUUCUGUCAACGGCGAUGAAUGGACCUUCAAGACCAUCUCCACCCUCAAGACCACCGAGGUCAAGUUCAAGCCGGGGCAAGAAGUGACCGAGACCACCCUUGACGGCCGCGAGUGUAAAACAAUAUUCACGGUGGAGGGCAACAAGCUGAUCCAGAAGCAGACUGCGCUGAAGGGCAAGAAUGCCACAUACAUCAGGGAGUUCAAAGACAACGAGUUGGUCGCGGUGUCGGAGUGUGAUGGUGUGAAAUCGACGAGGGUGUACAAGCGUCAGUGAUCUAGCCACCACCAACAACAACAACAGCAACACUCACCGGGGAAGCUCAGAACCAAUGGAAUAAAGCAACUGCAUCAAGAAACCUAAAUCAGGAAAACCAGGCACUAAACGCUACAUCACUUAUCGUUGGGUACAGAUUAUGCUUGUCGAUCCUUCUCCUCCAUUACUCAUACCAGAAAUAAAAUCUAAUUUUGACAAAACUUCAUUUUCAUACAUCAACAAGAUUUGUUUUAGUAGUUUGUUUUUAUUUGCUUUAUUCUUCUGGUGUGAGUAGCCACAAGCUGGAAUAGCGAGCACAGAUUGUCAUGUAAAUCCUGUACCCGUGUGAAAACCUUUACUUUUUGGGGGGAGGUGAGGGGGAGGAGAAGGAAGGUUAUCUACAUUCACUUCCUGAAUGCUCUUUUGACUCACUGCUCGUUUUGUGUAACGUAAACAUACAAUACUAACAUUAUAUCCUUUAUACAUCAGUCAGGAUAUCAAAGAAAGGUAAAAUAUAUCAGCGGAAAUCCUGUUUGUCAAGUGAUCACUAUUUUUAUAUGUUCCUCUCCAUCACCAUUUUUACAAUAGUUAGGAUUCCGAAGAAUAAAUAGAAAGAAAAAAGCAGAGCCUAGUAUUUUUUUUUAUAUAUUUAGUCAUAAUUAUUUUUAUAUCACCAUUUCCCAAUAAUACCCAUGCUUCUUGAUGAAUUAAAGAGUAAGACAAC